GUCAACAACCAUGAACAACUUAGGAAAGUCCGCCGUUCUCAUAAACAACCUCGUUACUGUCGUCCUUCGUCGUAAAUGCCUCCCCCUCCAUUCACUUUCUUAACACGGAGACAGAGAUCACCCCUCCUAAGCAAUGUCGACCGCAGCUUCCUCCACCUCCUUCACUUGCCACUCCCCGCUCCUUCCCCGCCCAAAUGCUCCAUCCCGAAUCUCUGUCGCCGUCGCGAUUCCCAGGUGUCUGCCGCCGUUGCCGCAUUUGAAAACUAAGAGGAGGAGUUCAACCACCACCUAUUGCUCCGCCGACGCUGCGAAAGAUAAAGAUUCCACCCCCAUUGAGCUCAGAUAUGAGGCUUUUCCUACCGUCAUGGACAUCAAUCAAAUUCGUGAUAUUUUGCCUCACCGGUUUCCGUUUCUGUUAGUGGAUAGAGUGAUUGAAUACAAUGCUGGAGUUUCAGCUGUUGCAAUCAAGAAUGUCACCAUCAAUGAUAAUUUCUUUCCUGGGCAUUUCCCCGAGAGGCCGAUUAUGCCUGGUGUUCUCAUGGUUGAGGCAAUGGCACAAGUUGGUGGCUUGGUUAUGCUACAACCGGAAGUGGGAGGUUCUCGUGACACUUUCUUUUUUGCUGGAAUUGACAAAGUUAGAUUCAGGAAACCAGUGAUUGCCGGUGACACAUUAGUGAUGAGAAUGACGCUUAUUAAGUUGCAGAAACGCUUUGGAAUCGCAAAGAUGGAAGGCAAGGCCUACGUUGGAGGUGAAGUCGUAUGUGAGGGAGAGUUUCUGAUGGCUACUGGUACCGGUGGUGACUGAUCUCAAAUUUUUCGAUAAUUUCCUUGCUAAAAUUGGUUUCAUGUAUUCUUCACUUGACUCGUACUAUUUUUUCUUCUCGCUUUAUUUUCUAGAAUAAUACUUGGCUACUCAAAGAUGAGUAGGAACUCCUACUCAAAAUUCUUAGUAUUUUAAUCACAGAGCUUUGUGUUUAUAAUCA